AUGGAGGGACGGAGUUUGUGCUCGCUAAUGUUUCUGUUGCUUGCUUUGGCCAUUGUGAAUUAUGUGCAUGGCCAAGGGACACGCGUAGGGUUCUAUGCUAGAACAUGUCCACCCGCUGAGUCCAUUGUUAGGUCCACAGUUCAAUCCCACGUUAGGUCGGAUCCUACCUUGGCUGCUGGGUUGCUUCGGAUGCACUUUCAUGAUUGCUUUGUGCAAGGUUGUGACGGUUCUGUUCUCAUUGCCGGUGCUGGGACUGAGAGAACAGCAUUUGCAAACCUUGGUUUAAGAGGAUACGAGGUUAUUGAUGACGCCAAAACACAGCUCGAGGCUGCAUGCCCCGGUGUUGUGUCUUGUGCUGAUAUCCUUACUCUUGCUGCUCGUGAUUCCGUAUUUCUGAGUGGUGGACUGAGUUGGCAAGUGCCUACUGGACGCAGAGAUGGGCGCAUAUCGCAGGCUUCUGAUGUUAGUAACUUGCCUGCUCCUUUUGACUCUGUUGAUGUUCAGAAACAAAAGUUCGCAGCAAAGGGUCUCAACACUCAGGACCUUGUCACCCUUGUUUGUGGACAUACGAUUGGUACUACAGCUUGCCAGUUCUUCAGUAACAGAUUGUACAACUUCACUGAAAAUGGUGCUGACUCUUCCAUCAACCCUUUAUUUCUUCCUCAACUAAGAACAUUGUGCCCGCAAAACAGUGAUGGUUCAAACCGAGUAGCUCUUGAUACGGGUAGUCAAAACAGAUUUGAUACAUCGUACUUUGCUAAUUUGAGGAAUGGCCGAGGAAUUCUGCAGUCUGAUCAAGCUCUUUGGAACGAUCCUUCCACCAAGUCAUUUGUACAGGGUUACUUGGCCACCAAAGGCUCGCUUUUCAAUGUGGAAUUUGCAAAAGCUAUGGUGAAGAUGAGCAACAUUGAGUUGAAGAGUGGAACCGAGGGUGAAAUUCGCAAGAUAUGUUCUGCCAUUAACUAG